AUGGAUACUCCACCAAUCGACGGUUCAGCAUGGCUAGGCGUGAAUAGUAAUGAGAACGAUGAGAGGUUUUAUAUUCGGUAUUUGAAACAAUCUCGUGUCCCGCGUGCUGCAAACGAGCGUGCGAAUGUGGUGCGCGCGGAAAUUUUGAAUAAGCAAUGGCAGAAUUUGAGAGCAGAUAUCGAAGCAGUGAGGGCAAACAAAUUGCGUUUAAUGGCGGAACGUGAAGAGAGGCGAUGUAAUCCAGCUGAAAUUGUUGAAGAACCUAUGAAUGAAAGCAGUAUGUGGGUAAAUAAGUAUACGCCUCGACUCUAUACGGAUCUACUCAGUGAUGAUGGAAUUAAUCGAACUUUGAUGUCAUGGGUGAAAUUGUGGGACGAAUGUGUUUUUAAGAGAAAAAUUGUAAACCUUCCGAAGUCUACCUCACUAAAAGACAAAGAUUUGUUGACGCUGGACGCUGGCAAAUUUCGUAGGCCCACAUACAAGAUUGCACUUCUUUCUGGACCAGCUGGACUUGGAAAAACCACUUUGGCUAAUAUUAUAGCUCGGCAAGCUGGUUAUGCAGUUGUGGAACUUAAUGCCAGUGAUAGCAGGAAUGUUCCGGAUUUUGAGAAAGCUCUUGAAGGAGCAGUUCGUACGUCGCGGACGAUCACACAGGGAACUCGCCCUAAUUGCCUUAUUCUUGAUGAAAUUGAUGGUGCACCUGUGGAUGCGGUUCGAUACCUUGUUAAAGCUGUACAAGCCACAGGAAAGAAGGCUAUUCGUCGACCCAUCAUCUGUAUCUGCAACAAUAUGUAGGU